CUACAGCUAGUAUUUUAUCAGAACAGGUAACCAAUUCCAAUGGAGGGACUCACCUGCCUUGUUCUAUUGUCAAGAAUUUAGCAGCGGUCAUCUCAUCCGAGAGUAUCCGAUUGGAGCCUGACAACAUGGGGCUAGCCGCUUCCGCAGAUAUGAGCAAAGAAACCAUUCAAGAAUUUGAGGAAGAAACAGAUGAGACAAAACCAGUUCAGAAGCAUCAUAACCAACAUCAUCAACAACAACCGCAUCACCAGCACCAUCUACAACUGCUCCUACAACGUCAGAAGCAACAAGAUGAACAUUCUAGCCCUCUAUCAGAUGGCAAAUUUAUCACCAUGGAGCAGAAAUCAUCUUACGAGCCAGACAUUUUUAGAAUCGAUGCAGACUCAAUAAAUCGCUUUAAAUCGAAUGAACUUUCCACUAUUCAGCUCGACCUGAAUAAAAGCUCCACUCAGGGUAAGCUAUCAGUCUUGGAGCAGCCGCAUAAUACCCCUGUGAUUACACCUGACUCUUCAUACACACCUUUAGUGACUACCUUGAUUUGUGAUCCAUCCACAGAAAGUGUUAAACAGCUGGAACUCUCUCCGAGUUGCCGUGAAAAGAUUCAUUUGCACACCAAAGAUCAUAUUCCUUGUGAAGAUUGUCCUUCCUUUGAUCUGGCAUUAUUGGCACGCUCCGAAAAAUCUACAACUGGCCAAGGGAGGCCAGAUGAAAAAGUUUUUGCGAAAGCCGUCGGUUUUUGGAAGCCAGCUGUCGAGAUACCCCAGACUACGUUUGAAUCACAGGUUUCUCCUAUGGUGACUAAAAUAGAAUCC